AUGCCUUUCUACCAGAUCCACCACUCUUGCUCUCUCAAUCAAAACCAGAAACAACUUUUGGCAACUGCCAUCACCCAACUACAUUGCCGAGCUUUCAAGACACCCUCAUUCUUUGUUCACGUGCGCUUUUAUCUUGAAGAAAACAAAGACAACAACUACUUUGUGGCUGGAUGGCCUCACCCCGCCACUUCUAACCGCAUUGUCGGUCUCGUUCGCGACUCUUCGUCGCGGUCCAAGGCGGAUUUUGACAAAUUGGCAACCGACAUUGAAGAAUACUGGUACAGCGUACUGGGAGUUCAGCCACCAGAUAAGAAGGCAAGGUGGAAUGUUGGAGAUGAAGACAAGAGACUGAUUAUGGUGACUUUUACACCCAUGGUGGCCCUUCGAGAAGGAGGCAUGACUAUUCCAGAAGCUGGCAAGGAAGAGGACUGGCUCCAGGAACAGUUGCCCUACAUCGAUCGUAUGGCAGUUAAAGGGAUUGAGGGUUUUGCGGGAUUGUACAAUGAUGCUAAAAAUAGUGAAAAAUGA